CUGAAGCUUCCCUUUUUUCUCCUUCGCCGAAAAUGCGUCGCACUCUCUCUCUCUCUCUCUCUACGCCCUGUGGAUAUUCUAAAUUCUCAAAUGUCUUUUUAUGAAAUUUCAACCCAAUUUUACUACGCCUUCCGAAUAGGUCCACUUCAAUGCCUGUUAUUAUAGACUCUCCCUAUUAUAGUAAUAUAAUUAUUGUUAAAUUUCAUUUUUGGUAUUCCUUUUAUUAUUUGUAAUAUUAUCCCCAUUUAUUGCUGCUCUUCCGCUACUGUUUCUUCAUUUUUUAUGCAUGAUUAUGAUGAUGAUGAUGCCCUUUUCAGAGGAAGAAACCGUAUGAACUCAGCGGUGUCACCGUCGAUUUUGUAUGAAUUUUCUGAUUUUUCACUCUCUUGUUCCGUUUGUUUGGUCGGAAUUUUUAUUGGGUUUUCGAGUUUAAAUACAAUUUUGUGAUUUUCAAGGCUAUCAAGAUCGUUUCUGAUCAAAGCCCUUGAUUUUUUUUUUUGGGGGUUCUGGGUUCUGUUCAGUACGAGUGUGUGUAUAUUUGUAAUUGUAUACAUGGAGAAUUUUGGGUUUCAUUAUAAUUGAAAAGCUGACUUUGUUGCCUCUGAAUCUUUCCUUUGGUUCUGAUCAAAACCCUAGGAAUUUUUUGGGGUUUUGCUCUGGGAUAUAUAUAUAGAUGUGGUGUGUGGAGAAGGUUGGGCUCUCAUUCAUAUAGGAAUUCUUGAAAUUUUGUUUCUUUAAAUUGAUCGUUUGCGUUUUGGAUUCUUGGCUUGCCCAUACUCUAAGCCGCACAUAAACGUGAUAUACAUAUAAGUAAAGUGAUUGGGUGAAAAUCAAGGUUGUGGGGAGGGUAUGAAUAUGGAUGAUAUGAGAGGGAUGAAAAGGCUGGGUGAGGAAGUUGGAGGAAACUUGGAAAUUAAGAAAGUAAGGGUAGGGGAAGUUGAUGGGAUUCUUGAGACUCUGAAUGAAGUUAGGGUUCUGCAAGAGGUUGAGUCGGAUAUGCCGGGUUUAGGAAAUUUUUUGUCUGAUAACCAUUUUCUAGGGUUUGAAGAAACUGGGUUUGCUAAGGGGUUUGAUGGAGGUUUUCAGAAUGCAGGGGAUAUGGCUGGUGAUUUGAUAAGAGGGGAAACGAUCGUGGCUGUUGGAGAAGAUAAUAUGCAUAGAGGAAAGGAGGUAUCUUGUAGUGGUUUACAACCGGUAAAUAGUAAUAAUGGUGAUGGAAUUGAAAUUGGUUUGGAACAGUAUAAUCAACUUAUGGCAGAGACGAGAGAGGAAGUAAUUGACAUAUCAUCUGAUGACAGUGAUGAAGAGGUAAUAGUCGUGGCUGAAGUUAAAGGGAAGGGAAAGCAAGUUGAGCAAAUAAAUUCGUAUGAGAAUUUUGGAAAUUUUAGUCAUGGCUUGGAAGGAAUGGAAAUGGACUUGUUACAGGUUCAGAAUAUAAAUUCAUUUGAAAAUUUCGAUCUCGGGUUUGGAGGAAUGGAGAUGGACAGGUCACAGGCUGGGGAAAUAAAUUCAUUUGAAAACUUUGGAAAUUUUAAUCUUGGAAUUGGAGGAAUGGAGAUGCCGAUGGACACUCUGGGUGAUGGAAAUUCCGGGAGUGGUGCGUGGAGAUACUCCAUGGAAGAAAAAGGGAAAGCAAAAGUUGGUGAUCCUUGGCUAUCAAUUGCCAGUGAGCCAUUUCAAAUGGAUGUCCUACCUGAGGAGCAGGAAUUUGGAAUCCAGUACAAUACUUCCUCAUCAAUUCCAUUUCAGUUUGAAACUAUUGAGCUUGAACAAACUGAUGAUCUCUUUUUGACAGCAGACCUUGGACUUAGAUUAGAGCAGGUUGCUGCAUAUGAAGAUCAGGUGAUGCCUCAGUUUGAACUUCCCUUCAUUGAACAACAAAUUAAUCAGGUCCCAGCUAACAACCUGGAAUUCGGGAGGGAGUGGGCUGCUGGCAAUGCUGGACAGGCAAUAGAUGCAUUACAGCAAAGGGCAGAUACAGUUAGACACCGUACAGUUUCGAGCCAGGUAGCCCAACAUUAUGCACGGUUCAAUUCCCAAGAAGCAGAUACUGGUUUGAAACAAAAGUCGCCAUCCAUAGAAAUUGAUGAACAACUAGGAAACACUCCUGGUCCCUUUUCUACAGCAUUGAAGAUAAUCAGGGAGCAAAACCUGAAAAAGAAUGCUCACCCGCUGAUUGGAUGGAAGCCGUCUCGAAAUGCUGACUUUAAUGGUUCUGCCCGUCCUGCUCCUUCUCUGCUGGAUCUUUCUUUGAAAUUCCUUGUACAAAAUGCUGAAGCUUUGGUUUCACUUGAGGGUGUCCCUGACACACUGAGGAAAAGACUUAUGGACUUGCUAUGUGAUUCCAGGAGAAUGAAUAUCCGGAUGCUGAACCUCCUCUUAAAGGGAUCUCCAACUGAGAUCAGGAUAAAGGACUGUUCGUGGUUAACCGAAGAUGGAUUUUCCAAAUCAUUUCGAGACCUUGAUGGAUGUAACUUGAUGGUCCUUCAGCUUGACAUGUGUGGGCAAGGCUUGCUUGACCCUGUGUUGGGCGAAACCAUAGCUCGAUCUUCACAUGGUUUGCCGAAUUUGGGUAUUCUAUCACUAAGGGGUGCAUGUCGUUUAUCUGAUAGUGCAUUGACAUCACUCGUAGCUUCAGCACCUUUACUGCAGUCAAUAAAUUUGGGACAGUGCUCUCUUCUCACACACAGCUGCAUCGAAAUUAUCUCCAACUCACUGGGAGGACUCCUUAAGGAGCUCCACAUCAAUGAAUGCCAUAGUAUAGAUGCAAUGUGUACUAUCCCUGCAUUGAAGAAGUUGAAAUGUUUAGAAGUGUUAUCAGUUGCUGGAAUUCAGACUGUAUGUGAUCAGUUUGUUUGUGAAAUUGUGAAAGAAUGUGGUAAAAAUCUGAAGGAGCUUGAUUUGGCGGAUUGUGAGAAAUUGACUGAUUAUUCUAUGAAGGUCAUCGGAGAUGGAUGUGCAAAUUUGCUUUCAUUAAAUAUUUCAAACUUACAGAGAUUGACAGAUGUGGGAAUUCAGUUUCUCGCAAACGGUUGCAGAUCAAUUCAAAGACUCAAUUUGCAACGCAAUGGCUUUAGUGAUGAUGCUCUUGCUGCAUAUUUGGAAGCUUCUGGACAGUGUUUGGAGGAACUUUCGCUUAAUCAUUGCUCCAAGGUUGACCAAAAUACUGCAUUGUCACUCGCCAAAUUUUCGAGAAAGUUAGUAUGCUUGGACCUAUCAUGGUGUCGUAGAAUAUCUGACGAGGCACUUGGACUGAUCCUAGACAGCUGCCCCCUCAAGCUACUUAAACUCUUUGGCUGCACACAGAUCACAAGCGUUUCCGUCAAUGGGCACUCCAACUCUGCUGUCCAGAUUGUCGGGUUGAGGGGGACGCUCAUAUUACACAACAUUAACAAGUUUGAACCCGAGGAAGUUUUCUUGCGCUAUUCGCCUCUCCUGACAUCUUCUGGUAUCUGACAACUGCGAUCAUAUGUAGUCGAACAUAAUAGUGCAUACAUUUUGUUGUCUGUUGGAUUGAUUGGUUAAAAUUGUUUUCCUUAGGCUUGAUUGUUCUGGUCAUACAGAAUGCUAACAUGUAUCACCAAAAGGAUGAAUAUAUUUUGAUUGCAAGCCUAUUUGUUUGCAGAUAAACCUAUGAUCACAUUGUUGAUU